UCAUUUCACAGUCACCGAGCUAGGGUUCCUCGUCCCAUAUAUAAGGAGUUUUUUAGAUCCGCCUGAGUGCGGUGUUUUGUGUCGGUUUGAUUCCUUUUUCUCCAAAUGUCAUCCACAGCGAUUGACAGUCUCUCACUUUCCCUCUCUUUCUCCUUUUGCAUGCGGGUUUCCAUUGAAGGCUAACCCAUAAAAUGCCCCCAAAAGCUCUCAUUUCUUCUUCAUUGCUUUGAUCUGUUCUCUUGUCUCUGAGUCUCUUGACUGCCCUGUUUCCUCUGUUUCUUUUUUCUUAUCCUAAUUAGCAUUUGUUUUCACCACUAAUUUGAACUUUUGUCUGUGUUUUAAAACUUGGGUUGGUUUCUGAUCUCCAAAAUAUCAAGUGAAAAUGCUGGAUCCAAGUGAAAAAGGUUCAGAGCCUGAAGAUCAAAACAAGAAAUACCCAGAAGGGGUUUCACCCAAAGAAACCCAAAAUCAAAGCAUUGGCUGUGAAACCAAGAAAACCUGUGCUGAUUGUGGAACCUCUAAAACCCCUCUUUGGAGAGGUGGCCCGGCUGGCCCCAAGUCUCUAUGUAAUGCAUGUGGGAUCAGAAGCAGGAAAAAGAGAAGGGCCAUUUUGGGAUUAAACAAAGGAGAGGACAAAAAAUCAAAGAGAGAAAAUAGCAAUGGUAGCAACAGUUGUUCAAGUAACACAAAGAAUUUAGGAGAUAAUAUGAAGCAGAGAUUGUUAUCAUUAGGAAGACAAGUUUUGAUGCAAAGAUCAACAGUUGAGAAUCAAAGGAGAAAGUUAGGAGAAGAAGAACAAGCUGCUGUUCUUUUGAUGGCUCUCUCCUAUGGUUCUGUUUAUGCUUAGUUCUUUUUUUAAAAAUAUAUUUAGAGCAAAAAUAUUAGGAUCUUUCAUGGGUUUCUAACCAUUUCCAAGUGUAACCUAUGGUGAUUGUUCCUUAGUUCUUUUAAUUCUAGUUUUUUUUUCCCUAGUGUGAACUAACUGUAUUUCAAUGCCAUUUUUCCUAACCUAAAAUUAGUAAUUUGAUGUUUGUGGGGUUUGAUUUGUGGUUUUUUUUUUUAGACUUUAUUGUAUUAAUUUUUUUUUAUAGUUUUGUGGAAUGUGUGGCUUUAUAAACUUGGCCAAAAGAAAGAAAAAAAGAAAGAAUCGGAAAGAAAAAAAAUGAAAUUUCAAGGAAAUCCCAAGAUUAUCUAAGGCGCC